AUGCCAACAGAAGAAUUGGACAGCGUUCGCAUCGCUGCGACCGACUCCGAAGAUAUGGAACAUGGCACUCCUGGUGCUGUCAUCGUGCAGUACUUGACCCAACACUCGCCAGAGUUUGCUGAACUAAGCGAACUCCGCAAAAUUGGAUGGGAAAAUCCGGCCGGCGAUCGCUUUUUUCAACAACAGCGUGCUAGAGCCACCAAUCCCAAAACGAGUACCAAGUUAUCCUUCUACGACAUGAUGAAGCGGAUUGGCACCGAGAUGCAGCACACCACAGGCGCUCUGAAGAUCAAGUCUCCAGCCUCGGACUCCCCACAAAUACUUGACAUGGGCAUGGCGCCGGGCGGCUUUCUCGCGACCGCCAUGAGGUUGAACAAGAAUUCCGGCGCCAAAGCUAUCGGAUUCAGUCUGCCAACUGCUGAUGGCGGUUACCAAAGUCUUGUCCCGAAAAGCGAAGACAUCGACGUAAGAUACCUUGACGUGACGAUGCUAGCGGCAGACCUCGGCUUCGAAAACAUCCCGACAGACCAUCCAGAUGCCGACAAGUUCUUGCCACGUCAAUUCGAGCCUGGUCAGAAGUUUGACCUUGAAAAGGACAGAGCCACGCCGGUUAACGACAAGCCAGCUCGCCUUGGGGCUUGA